GUUACUUUAUUUCAAAACUUGUAUUUACAAUCAAAUGUGAAAAAUUUAAAAUCAUUUAAUAUUUAUAUUUUUGUAUAUAUUAUUUUCAACUAUUUGUACAGUGAAAUAAUUAUAAGUCUUUGUUUUCCAUUCUAAGUUGCAACUAUAAAGUAAGUCUACUGAAUUUUUUUUUGAGCUUAUUAUUUGCUUUAUGUCUACCUUUCUAGACGUGUCUACUCUAUAAUUUUGUGUUUAUUGAUAACAAAUCAACAUUAUUCAUUGUAAUAAAAGUCACCAAUUGCAGUAAAUUUCAAAACAAAAUGAACACUGUAAAUGCUCAAUGCAUUUAUUUGAUUAUGAAUUAUAAUGUCGGAUGUUCAAUUGUAAAAACAUUGAAUAAUUUUAGAUUCCAUGAAAUGUUUAGUUGAUGUUGGUUUUUGCAUAAGUCAAUCUACAUAUUAUACAAAUUUAUAUUUGUAGUUGAUAAACAUUCAAUUCCAAAUUAGAUUUGUUUAUUUUUAUUUUUAUAGAAUUUUAUUUACAGGAAAACGAAUCAUGCCACAGAACGAGUACAUGGAAAGGCACCGUAAAUUAUACGGUCGCCGAUUAGAUUAUGAACAACGUAUGCGUAAGAAGGAAGCCCGUGAACCUCAUUUACGUUCUGAUAAGGCGAAACGUCUUCGUGGUCUAAAAGCUAAACUCUAUAAUAAGGAACGCCGUAAUGAAAAGAUUCAAAUGAAAAAGAAGAUCAAAGAGCAUGAAGAAAAAUUACAAAAAAAAAAAGAAGAGAAACCUAAGGAAGGAGCAUUACCAGUUUAUUUACUUGACAGAGAUAUCCAAUCAAAUGCCAAAGUACUAUCCAACAUGAUUAAACAAAAACGUAAGGAAAAGGCUGGCAAAUGGGAUGUACCUAUACCCAAAGUGCGUGCACAAGCUGAUGCUGAAGUAUUUAAGGUGAUGAGGACAGGCAAAUCUAGAAGAAAGGCGUGGAAGAGAAUGGUGACCAAAGUUUGUUAUGUUGGAGAAGGCUUUACACGUAAACCACCAAAAUUUGAAAGGUUUAUUAGACCAAUGGCUUUACGUUUUAAUAAGGCACAUGUAACUCAUCCAGAACUUAAGGCUACUUUUUAUCUACCAAUUAUUGGUGUAAAAAAGAAUCCUAAUUCUCCUAUGUAUACAAAUUUGGGUGUCAUAACUAAAGGUACUGUAAUAGAAGUGAACAUCAGUGAAUUGGGUCUAGUCACACAAACUGGUAAAGUAGUAUGGGGAAAAUAUGCACAAGUUACUAACAAUCCAGAAAAUGAUGGCUGUAUUAAUGCUGUACUUUUGGUUUAAUUUAAUAUUUACCUAAUAUAUUUUGGUUAUUUCAAAAAAUAAAUAUACAUGGUUAUUUUAAUGUUAUUGUUA